GAGACGAAGACAUAUCAACUCUGCAGCUGGCUUGGGAGGUUGUCGAAGUGGCUAAAAAGUUAUUCAUGAGGCAUCAGGAUGCCGAUCAUCAACUGAAAGCCUCUGAUUGUCUAGAAAAGCUCGCCGAAAUAGGACAAGAAAUUGGAAACUACCAACAAGCAAUAUCGGAUUUGCUGGAAUGCUUGAAACUUCGGCUUGAACAUGCUCCUGAUAACGAUCGUCUCAUCGCAGAAACUCACUUUCAACUAGCCAUCUCCUAUUCUCAGACGGGGAAUGCGUCUUCCGCGGACGCUUCAUUUUGUCACGCAUUAAAACGCCUGAAGGACUAUAGGUCCAAGUUGGAGCUCCAAUUGAGUGAAAUGAAUGGCGAAAAUGAUGGAAAUAAAAGUGAGGUCACCCACCUCCAGGUGCAAAUUGAUGAAAUCGUUGGCCUCAUUUCUGAAGUAUCUGAACGGCGGAAGGAAUGUUCCGACACUGUACUGAAGGUCGAAGAACCUCCAGCAAAGUCCAUACGAAGUGAUGUGCAUGUUGAUGACAUCACGCACCUUAUUAAGAGGAAGAGACCUAAUAGUGAUGCGAGUUUUUGUGAAGAUACUAAAAAAAUGAAAAUAGAGGGCAGUUCUCGGGAAUUCAGUCCAAAUAAAUCGGCGUGA